UAUAACGGCCAACAACAAUAUAGUAGCCAACAUGCACCUUGGCACACAAGCCCCGGUCAACACCAAGACUCAAACAACUACGCUACAGAUCCAACGGGUAUGUCCUCGGCACAAUGGGGCGGUGGCGGCGGCCAACCGAUGAUGCCACCCCCGCCUAUGAUGAGCGCGGACAUGAGUAGUGCAAACUACUCCUCAGGGCCAACAGGUCCUGCCUUACCACCACCUCACCCAUCAGUAGCCCUUGGGUUUAGUAAAAGCACCUUCACAUACGACGAGCUAGCAGCCGCGACAAAUGGCUUCUCCAAGGAACGAUUGUUGGGUCAAGGAGGGUUUGGUUAUGUCCACAAAGGGUUGCUACCUAAUGGCAAGGAAAUAGCCGUGAAGAGCCUUAAGUCAGGGAGCGGCCAAGGCGAAAGAGAGUUCCAAGCUGAAGUUGAGAUCAUUAGUAGGGUGCAUCAUAGACAUCUUGUAUCCCUUGUGGGUUAUUGUAUUGCAGGAGGUCAAAGGAUGCUUGUUUAUGAGUUUGUUCCUAACAAUACCCUUGAGUUUCAUCUUCAUGGUAAAGGUCGUCCGGUCAUGGAUUUCAAUACGAGAAUGAAAAUUGCGCUUGGAUCUGCCAAGGGCCUAGCUUACCUUCAUGAAGAUUGUCACCCACGAAUUAUACAUAGAGACAUUAAAACCGCAAACAUUUUGAUUGAUAAUUGCUUCGAGGCCAAGGUUUGCACAUCGCACAUUCUUCAUAUACGUAAUUCGAACAUUACAAUAUUUGCUAAUUUGUUGCAACUUGACAUUAUAAGAGAUAACAUUUUCAUUCAGGUGGCUGAUUUUGGCUUGGCUAAGCUUUCGUCGGACACAUUCACUCAUGUGUCAACGCGUGUCAUGGGAACAUUUGGGUACUUGGCACCAGAAUAUGCAUCAAGUGGAAAAUUGACCGAGAAGUCUGAUGUUUUCUCAUUCGGUGUCAUGCUAUUAGAGCUAGUCACGGGCCGUCGCCCUAUCGAUCCUUCAUCUGAAGAAGAGGAUAGCUUAGUAGAUUGGGCUAGACCACUUAUUGCACGAGCAAUGGAGGAAGGAAAUUUCAGUGGACUCGUCGAUCCACGUUUAGAAGGUGAAUUUGAUUCCGAAGAGAUGAUGCGUUUGAUCGCAUGUUCUGGCGCAUCCAUAAGACAUUCUGGUAAAAGGAGGCCGAAAAUGAGCCAGAUUGUAAGAGCAUUAGAGGGUGAUGUAUCAUUGGACGACUUGAAUGAAGGAGCAAAGGCUAGAAAUGGUAGCACACUAGUUGGCUCUAGUGGCGGUAGCUCGGACUAUGAUACCGUUUCAUACAACAAUGACAUGAAGAAGUUUAGACGAGCAGCGCUUAACAGUACAGAUUAUCCAAGUAGUGAGUAUGGAGCAACUAACGAGUAUGGGCAUACCUCCGGUUCUAGCGCCGAGAUGUCGUCCUCAAUGCCCAAAAGGACUAGCCCUUCGCCGAACCAUUUUGUCUAGAAGGGAGGUUACAUAUUGUACAAUUUGAAUAACACUUCGACAAUGUGGCAAGACGUUCUACUCCAGCAAAGGAAUAAGGAAGGGAUGAAUUGGGAACGAUCAGAUUUUUCGUGAACUACUGUAUAUUUUUUCAUUGAUAACCCCAUUCUUGUUGUUCAAGUGUAACAUAACUUGAAACAAUUACGUGAUUUAGGUGUCUACUUAAGAUUUGUUUUAAUGUACGUUUUCAAUCACGUUUUUUUUAUUGAUAGAGAGAUUGUAGUUUUAUAUAUUGUGUUAUGGAAACAAGUUGAUGGUUAAAUGAAACAUAAAAUAUGAUUUAUUCUUUUUUUUUUUUUUUUUUUUUGUAAGAUAUAAUCGUCAAACAUAUACUUUAUCUUUGUAAAAUAAAAAAAACAUAUACUUUAUCAUUUUCUUUUAAAAAAACAUAUACUCUGGAUUUCAUUGAUAAACCUAUAUUCUCACCCCUAAUAUUAUUGAUAAAUGUUCAACUUUGUUAACUUAUUGAACUAUCUUACAAAAAAAAAAAAUGGACUAAAUUAUACAGUACAUAUAUGGAAUUUCUUUUUUUCCCUAUAAGAGGUAAUGUUAUGAUGAUGAAAGUAAAGACAAAUCAAUAUAGUUAGGGUUAUGUAUUGGAUUUGUGUGGAAAAGAAAUAACUAACAAAUACGUAGUAUGAAAUAUAAUAUGAGAAAAUAAAUAUAAUAAG